AUGCAUUUUACCGAAAUCGAACCCGAAGAGUGUUGUGAUCUCAAGUUAGCGAUUCCUUCUACCGACAACAUCAUCACCAAUGGCUUGGGCAAAAAGCUCGAAGCUUUGAAGGCCAACAAGAAUAUGCUGGAUGCUCCGGUUUUUCCGAAGGCAGCAGUAGGAAUAGAUUCACCCAAGGUCUCCGACAGGGAAGAAGUAGCAAAGGUGGCCAUUCUUGCGAAAUUACCCAAGACGAAAGAUACUGCUGAGCAAGCUUUAACAUCUCCGACGACAUUGAAGACUCAACCAUCACCGGUCGAGCCCAUCACGCCCUCAGUGGAUCAAUUUAUUGCCCAAAGAAAGGGAGAAGUUAGACCGACUUCAAAGAAAUUGUCCAAGGGCAAAGCAGCGGGAGCCACUGAGGUAACACCCGGGUUGUCAACGCAAGGACUGAACGCCCAAAGUCCUAAUGAGUCCGGAGCUGAGCCCCACAAGAAGAAGAAGAAUAUGGACGGUGGAGAAACCCUGGUUACAAAAGCGAAGACGAAGAAGUCACAAGACAAGAAAAUGGAAAAGGAGAAUGUAGAUCGUAAGGGGAAAGCCAAGUCUAAAGCUCCUGUAAACACCAAUCUGCCUACCGUUCCAGAAAAGCCGGCUGUUGGAGGAACCAAGAAGAAGAAGCAGAAAAAGGCAACGCCUACAAAGGUGAAGGGCAUAGCAUUAACAACAAAAAUAUCUUCCAAGAGGAAAGAGGCGGAGAAGAGCAAGGAAACUGAAAAACAGCCAGUGAAAUCAACCGGACCUCGUACUUCAGCGAAAUGA